GCCUCCAGCCGCGCACGCGCACUGGCCCGAGCCCAGCCUCCGCUAGUGGACCCCCUCCAGGGCCUCCCACAGGGUUGUUCCAGGCCUCAGCUUUGCCGGAAGGCCACACCACCUCCGACCUCCGCCUGCUCUGGGGAUGCUCCCAGCCCUGCUGCGGCAGAAUGCGACGUGCUAACCGGAAUCCCUAGGCCGCCUGUCUCCUACCCAUACUUGGAGGCCCCGCUCAGACGGUCCUUAAAACGUCUGAAAGGCCGUUCCUGCCAGAGUCCUUGCUACCUGUUACCUCCACCCUUAUUUUCUCCUAGUGGACAGCCUCGCUCACCCCUGGAAUGACACUUCUGGCGGGGCAGCGCUCGCCAUUGAAUGACUUCCAGGUGAUCCGGGGCACAGAGCUACAGCACCUGCUACAUGCAGUGGUGCCUGGGCCUUGGCAGGAGGAUGUGGCAGAUGCUGAAGAGUGUGCUGGUCGCUGUGGGCCCUUACUGGACUGCCAGGCCUUCCACUACAAUGUGAGCAGCCAUGGUUGCCAACUGCUGCCAUGGACUCAACACUCGCCCCACACGAGGCUGAGGCGUUCUGGGCGCUGUGACCUCUUCCAGAAGAAAGACUACAUACGGACCUGCAUCAUGGACAAUGGGGUUGGGUACCGGGGCACCGUGGCCACAACCGUAGGUGGCCUGCCCUGCCAGGCUUGGAGCCACAAGUUCCCGAAUGAUCACAGAUACACGCCCACGCUCCGGAAUGGCCUGGAAGAGAACUUCUGCCGUAACCCUGAUGGCGACCCCGGAGGUCCUUGGUGCUACACAACAGACCCUGCCGUGCGCUUCCAGAGCUGCGGCAUCAAAUCCUGCCGGGAGGCCGUGUGUGUUUGGUGUAAUGGCGAGGAUUACCGCGGCGCGGUGGAUCGCACGGAGUCAGGGCGCGAGUGCCAGCGCUGGGAUCUCCAGCACCCGCACCAGCACCCCUUCGAGCCGGGCAAGUUCCUUGACCAAGGCCUAGACGACAACUAUUGCCGGAAUCCUGACGGCUCCGAGCGGCCCUGGUGCUACACUACGGAUCCGCAGCUCGAGCGAGAGUUCUGUGACCUUCCCCGCUGCGGGUCCGAGGCACAGCCCCGCCACGAGGCCACGACUGUCAGCUGCUUCCGCGGGAAGGGUGAGGGCUACCGGGGCACAGCCAAUACCACCACCGCGGGCGUACCUUGCCAGCGUUGGGACGCGCAAAUCCCUCAUCAGCACCGAUUUACGCCAGAAAAAUACGCGUGCAAAGACCUUCGGGAGAACUUCUGCCGGAACCCCGACGGCUCAGAGGCGCCCUGGUGCUUCACACUGCGGCCCGGCAUGCGCGUGGCCUUUUGCUACCAGAUUCGGCGUUGUGCGGACGACGUGCGGCCCCAGGACUGCUACCACGGCACAGGGGAGCAGUACCGCGGCAGGGUCAGCAAGACCCGCAAGGGUGUCCAGUGCCAGCGCUGGUCCGCUGAGACACCGCACAAGCCGCAGUUCACGUUUACCCCUGAACCGCAUGCACAACUGGAGGAGAACUUCUGUCGGAACCCAGAUGGGGAUAGCCAUGGGCCCUGGUGCUACACGAUGGACCCAGGGACCCCAUUCGACUACUGUGCCCUGCGACGCUGCGCUGAUGACCAGCCGCCAUCAAUCCUAGACCCCCCAGACCAGGUGCAGUUUGAGAAGUGUGGCAAGAGGGUGGAUCGACUGGAUCAGCGUCGUUCCAAGCUGCGUGUGGUUGGGGGCCAUCCGGGCAACUCACCCUGGACAGUCAGCUUGCGGAAUCGGCAGGGCCAGCAUUUCUGCGGCGGGUCUCUAGUGAAGGAGCAGUGGAUACUGACUGCCCGGCAGUGCUUCUCCUCCUGCCAUAUGCCUCUCAUGGGCUAUGAGGUAUGGUUGGGCACCCUGUUCCAGAACCCACAGCAUGGAGAGCCAGGCCUACAGCGGGUCCCAGUAGCCAAGAUGGUGUGUGGGCCCUCAGGCUCCCAGCUUGUCCUGCUCAAGCUGGAGAGAUCUGUGACCCUUAACCAGCGUGUGGCCCUGAUCUGUCUGCCCCCUGAAUGGUAUGUGGUGCCUCCAGGGACCAAGUGUGAGAUUGCAGGCUGGGGUGAGACCAAAGGUACGGGUAAUGACACAGUCCUAAAUGUGGCUUUGCUGAACGUCAUCUCCAACCAGGAGUGUAACAUCAAGCACCGAGGACGUGUGCGGGAGAGCGAGAUGUGCACUGAUGGACUGUUGGCCCCUGUGGGGGCCUGUGAGGGUGACUAUGGGGGCCCACUUGCCUGCUUUACCCACAACUGCUGGGUCCUGGAAGGAAUUAUAAUCCCCAACCGAGUGUGCGCAAGGUCCCGCUGGCCAGCCGUCUUCACGCGUGUCUCUGUGUUUGUGGACUGGAUUCACAAGGUCAUGAGACUGGCUUAGGCCCAGCCUUGACCCCAUAUACCUUGGGGAGGACAAAACUUGUCAGACAUAAAGCCACUUUUCCUCUUUAUGCCUGUA